GUUGCCUGUGCGCGUGCUAUCCUUUUACCCCGUUACGAAAAGAAGAGCAUGCGGCUGUUGUUCUCGCCAUGCCGAGUCUCGACAUCCCCGGGGAAUUCCUCAGACAUGCUGUUCUAGAUACAGUUGUCCCGCAUGCUUCAGAUGCCGACCUAGAAGCAGCUCUGACGUCUGCUUUAGAAAAAGGCGCAGAUGAUCUCACUUCUGUGCUUUCGCUAAUACCGCAACGCUCUCUUCUGUUCUUCGAUGAGUUCUGCACCGUUCGCGUUGUCCUACGACUAUCCAAUUGCUCCCCACCUAGCUUGAAACAGUAUCUUCCGCACCUCGAAGUCCGACUCGAUGCCUUUGCCAUUGAUCCAGCCGAGACAGUCGCGGAGAAUCCGACUCCGACUCGGGACCUCAUAUUCUCAGGGGUUGUAGAUUCACAGGAGCCAUUGGUGGUGGUGAAUGAGUUUGAGGGAGACACCGGUGGGGGCAACCACGUAUAUGUGAUCUGGAGUGUCAAGGCAUUCUUGAAGCGUCCUCGCAUACGCAUUCAACACCCUUCCCUCCUCUUCAUCGCCUCCGCUAGCCUCAACCCAGCUGAAACCCGACAGCAAGAGUCUCGGGGAGACGACUACCUCCCGCCUCUGAUCCCGGCCUCUACAAACAUUCUACAGCCGCUAUCGAGUGACAAAUCCUUGGAUCAAAAAGAUCCAUUCCUCCCCGCAUCUAGGCUUUUGCGAGUUGUACCGGCGAAAUACAGCGAAGACCCCAUAUAUAACGUCCAGCAGCAUUCCGGCCACCCCAUACGCAUAGUUCCUGCUGCCAGUGCAAGGAUACGCUAUUCUCGGUUGAAUGCCUAUAGCGGGCGGCCUACUACCGUUGCAAGCCUCGAUUUUGAGGUGACACCAUUCCUCAAUUGCGAUGUCACAUUUGACAAAGCAGAGCUUAGCAUGUCGGAUGGAACGAUAGAGACACUCACAGAUGCACCAGGGCUGCUUCCGCCCAUCCGCUGCCAGCCGCGAGAUGAUAUCACCCUUGUAUACAAGUUAACGCCCGACUAUGCGCCUGACCCAAAUCCAUCAACAACCGUGAUGGUCAGUGUCCUGGAUAUCUCGCUAGAAGCAAUCAUCCACCUGUCGGACAAUUGUAACCCGCGGAUCUUGAUGCAAUGGAGAACCAACGUUGAUUUCUCCAUGGUUCUCAACCCAACCUUUGGGGGUCCUAGCCAAGCUCUACAACGGAACAACCGCCCUGCAAGUCUUCCGAUGACACCCAACCAAAGCAACGCCGCAGCGGGGACCGCCACGCCUAAUCGAAGCUCCCUGAGAGAGCGGGCAUACUCAACCGCAGGCCUUGGUGUAUCGGUUUCGUUCAGUGGCCCUCCACAUGUCGAAGUGGGAAAGCCCUUUGCUUGGAGUAUCUUCAUCGUGAACCGAUCCUCCGGUUCGCGCAAAUUCUCGAUAGUUGCAAUCCCUCGCCGGAAGAAGUUGGACCCACGGGGACAUACCGUGCGACCAUCUUCUUCAUCUGCGACGAGCCGCAAAGAUGCUCAGGUCGCGGAAGCUGUAACAGAUGACAACAUCGUUCAUGCACUCCAGAAGAGUGUAGUUGGCCAGGAAGCAGAACUCAUUUCUCUGAGUACUGACGUUCGGGCUGGUCCCCUUUUGCCUGGCACCUGUUUUUCUACGGAAUUGAAAUUGCUUCCCUUGGCGGUGGGAGCACUUCGUCUGGAAGCUGUACGUCUGGUGGAUGUAAAUACGAAUGAGAUGAUUGAUAUUAAGGACCUCCCGGACAUCCAUUCCUUUGACAGGAAAGGAAAGCCGACCGAGGUGAUCAGUUGAGAAGAGGUCUGGAUUAUCCUUAUGAUAGAUAGCUUGAAGGCUGGCUAGCUACGACGCAUGUUUAUGGACUCGGCUAUCUUUAUGAUUCAAGGGGUGAUGGGAUUAGCGGGUGGUGAUAAGGAAUAGAUAUU